GGGUCACUUCAUCAACAAUAUAGGGUUUGGCAUUUAAUCCAAAAAAUAUUGAAGGGGAUAUGUCAAUUUUCAUUGGUAUUAAGAACCGCAGCAAAUGUUACGAGGUAAAUUUAUGGAAAUGUGGUCAAUUGUAAUUUAAAUUUGAUAAAAUUUGAUUAAUAAAGUCUCAGACCUACAAAGUACCCUUGCGACACUCCCGAUUUUACUUUUCUAAGCUCGGUGUUCUCAUUACCUUUCUUCGUUUUAAGUCAAUCUGAGAGGUAGAAUGUCAAAAAUGUAAUUGUAUAAUCAACAUUGUUGUCUGGGGUCUGCUGUGUGAUGAACCUGCAGUUUGGCUCUACUCCAGGCAUCCUAGCUCCAUUAUCCUCGCUGGUUUCGACUGUCAGACUUUUCUCCAGGUAAAUUGGAGAUUUAGGGUUAAAGAUACGUACGUUCAUGUGUGGUAUUUCAAUAUCAUAGUGAUAAAGUGUGGGACUUAGAAAGUACCCUUGCGACACACCUGUCACUUUACCAUCAUACUAGUCCUCUUAGCCUUGCUGGUAUGUCAGCCAUUUUUUUCAUCUAUUCCCUAUAUGUUCAGUGGAGUGUCCAUGUAGUACAAUUCAUGGGACUUAGGAAGAACAUCGGGACAAAUGUGUGUUUGCCUCUCCUGUACAUUCAUUAACAUUGGUAAUAUAUUUUUUAUGCAAACAAAUAAAGUAAUGGUUUUUAUUUGUUUCUUUCCUUCUAUUUAUUUCUUCGUAAAUUUUCAAACUUGUGGUCUACCCUCGAUAAAACACGAUCAUGCCCCUAAUUAUCACCGAUACGCAUAAGUAUUGUCAAAUAAGGAAAAAUUCUCAAAUCAAUUUUGAAAAAGAAAAGAUCACAUAUUCUCGAAUUUGUUUGGCAAUCGUCAAUCGAUAAAACAGUGGGGCCUAUUCUAUUUACAGGGUUGUUUGUACAAUUAGGCAUGUUUUGGCCUUUUCCCCACUUAUAACCCACCCCGACCACACGUCCACAAAACCGACGGAUUUACAUUUCAUCUCCUAAGGCCGAACGUGACGCUUCACAGCUGAAAUCGCGAUUCCCUUAUCUGAGAUAAUAAAGCAUGCCUUGUCCGUUUCUUUUUGUAUUUGUUGGAAAGAAAAAAUUCAUUUUUAUAAACGAUGGCCGAUCCUGCCACGGCCGGCCCGGCGAGCGCCUUAUGUUUGGGCACGAUGAGCGUGAUCUUUCCCGAUAUUCAGACACGUAUAUAUAUACUGGGAGACAAUGGGCCGAGUCACAAUCUACUUUAUCUCUCGGAACGGAAUGUUUAUCGAGAUAAUUUUCGCAGCGGCCGUCCUGAAGGUGACCGCCUGUACACCGCAAUGCCCGUGUGGGCAUCCGUGUUCCCCUUCGCUUCCACAGUACGCAUUGCCGUCGGCACAGGUGCCUUUGCCGUUGUACGGCGGGGUCGAUCUGGCGGCCUUAGGACUCACCCCGGCGCUUCUCGGACUUCCUUCUCCACCACAGGCAUCUUGUGGUUGCUUGACGCACAAGUUGGAGAGCGUCGUCCGCCCCGUGGUCGACGAGUGCAUCCAAAACGUACCGGUUGUUAAAAAGACCAUCCGUAACGAGGAGGAGCAAGUGGCCCGUCAAGUGCCCUAUCUCGAGAAGACCAUCUCCCAGCAAGAAGAAAACGUCCUCCGACACGUUCCCGUAAUGCAAAAGUUCACCCGGCCCGUCGUCGAGACUCUUACGGUUCACGUGCCGAUUAUCAAACACAGGGCGAAAACCGUCAUUGAGCCUUACACGUGCCAUGUCCCCGUCACCGAGAAGUUCACGAGGCCCGUCGAAGAGACAAUCGUCCGUAACGUCCCUAUCAUAGAAAAGCGCACCAGGCCUGUCAUGCACCAACAGAUCCGUCAUUUUCCAAUUUUAGAAAAACGGCUGAAGCCGGUUUUGGACCAGCAAAUCGUUCACGUACCCGUGAAGGCGCGGUACCUUAAGAACCUAGUCGAGCAGAGGGUGAAAGCUGUCCAAGGGCCGUGCUGUCUCUGUCCGCCGGGACUUCAUCUCCCGGCCUUACCUCCCGGAGGCUUAUUUCCCAGUUUGGGUGCUUUAGCAGCUUUUCUCCCUGGAUCGGCAGCCCCUCAAUUGCCGUCUACUUUCGGCUUUUCGCCGGCUCCGGCUCCUGCGCAUCUUCCUUGCGUUCCUCCUCAUCCCUCUCCGCUUCCGUGUCUGCCUCAGCUUCUCCAAUUGUUAGGACUCCCGCCGCUACAGUUUCUCCAAGGCCUACAGGGCCUUUCGUGCCUCCCUCUUUCUUUGCCUUACCUUCCUCCCGGAGCCCCGCAGAUGCCCGCUCUUCCCAAUGGCGCUGCUCCGCUUCCCCCAUCCGGUGCUCUUCCUGACGCCCAACCCGCCCAAGCACCUACUUUAGCGCUCGCACCAGGGCAAUAACUUAUAAAAAAAACUCCCAAAAUGUUGUUAACUAGUGUACAUAGGCCUUUUUAUAUUUAAUAAAUAUUUUUUAUAAUUUUUUAAA